GUGUUUGCUGAAGCAAGGAAACAUAUAUCACAAAGUGAUUUUGAACCUGGUAUGCCACUGCCAUCAGAUGAAGAUACAAGAAACAUUGUGUCAGUAGUUCUUGAAAAUGUUGCAUUUAUUGGUGAUAUUGUACUGCGUUUACCAGACAUUUCUCACAAGAUAUUUGACAAAAAUAAAGAAUUUCUGGAUGAGCUGAGAUGGGGGAUGGAUUUUGCAGAGAGAACAGAUUUUUUGGAUGAUGUUCACAAACAGCUUUUUAAUUUAAUGUCCCAAGAAAUGGAAUUUAUACCAAAGGAUCCUUCCUAUUACAACCCUUAUAAGAAGACAACCCCUGAGUUCCAAGAGAAGAAAGCUGAACCAAAGAAAAAGAAAAAGAAGAAAAAACAAAAGAAGGGACCAAGAAUGAGCAAAGUAGAACUUUAGUAGACAAAUGUAACAAACAUAUUUUUAAAUUUCAAUGAAGUGAUAAUAAGGUGCCAAAGGACAUUCACUUCUAACCUUGUACAUGUUAAUUCAAACAAAUAUA